ACCGCCGCCGGUAACCGGGCAACGGCACCCGGCCGGGGCAGGCGUCGCCACGCGGCUGCUGUGAACCACCGAGUGGGGCGAGGAGAGAGUCGCUGGAGGGGGUGGUAGCGUUAGGGUGUGAGGGCCCGGUCCGGGUGCUGUGGGAGGGGCAGCAUGACCAGCCGAGGGGCUUCCAGUCCGCGGCCCUCGAUCGGGCCGUGGUUUUAUUGGGAUGGCGGGCGUAACCAACUGGGGCUCCUCCCCAGGAGGGCUUGUUUACCUGGCCCUCCCUCGUAGGCGUGGCCUCUCACCCUGCGAGGCGAUGCCAACUCUGCCCUCCUUUCUUGGAGGUGUGGCCGACUGACCUCCGAACUCCCACCCCCUCCGCUAUUCACCGUGCCAUGGGCAUGUUUAUCUGGACCCCCAGAGAUAUGACACAGUAGGGACUCUCUGACGAAAGCCUCCCCAAUCAGGGGGUGGAUUCUGCCUUGCCUAGGAGAUUCACAGCACAGAAACAGGCCCUUUGGCCCAUCACGCCCCUGCCAAUCUUGUUCCCUAUCUAAUGCUAUUUGCUUGCUCAUUCAACUAUGCCCGUUAAACCCAAUGAGUGUAUCUGCUUCUACCAUCUUAUUUAGUUGUUUGUUUUUUUCUCUCUCUCUGCCCAUCAUUCUGUCCAUUCUCCAUCUCCCUCUGGUGCUCCCCCUCCCUCUUUCUUUCUCCCGAGGCCUCCUGUCCCAUGAUCCUUCCCCUUCUCCAACUCUGUAUCAUUUUUGCCAAUCACCUUUCCAGCUCUUAGCUUCACCCCACCCCCUCCGGUCUUCUCCUAUCAUUUCGCAUUUCCCCCUCCCUCCACUACUUUCAAAUCUCUUCGUAUCUUUCCCUUCAGUUAGUCCUGACGAAGGGUCUCGGUCCAAAACGUUGACAGUGCUUCUCCUUAUAGAUGCUGCCUGGCCUGCUGUAUUCCACCAGCAUUUUGUGUGUUCUGGAUAUUAACUACUGUUUAGAAAAAAAUUGAGACUACGUAAUGGCUAAGAUCUACAGGAACCCCGUGCUGGAGCAUUGUUGCAUGUUUUGCGAUGUAUCAACACUGUACCGGGGCACAUUUGUGUGGUAAUUGGAGUGUGUGAGCUGUACUGGGAGCCAUGGAAAAGGAGGGCAGCAUCCAACUGGAGGUCCCAGAUUUCAGCAGCUCUGUGCUGGCACAGCUCAAUCAGUUGCGAAUGCAGGGUCGCCUCUGUGACAUCGUAGUCGACAUCCAGGGGAAGUCCUUCCGUGCUCAUAAGGCUGUGCUGGCUGCUAGUUCGCCCUACUUCCGUGAUCACAUGUCUCUGGGUGAGAUGAGUGCUGUUUCGAUCUCAGUUAUCAAAAGCCCGGCAGUGUUUGAGCGCCUGUUGGCAUUCUGCUACACGGGCAAAUUAUGCCUGCAGGUGGCCGACAUUAUUAGCUACCUAACGGCGGCCAGCUUCCUCCAAAUGCAGUACAUCAUCGACAAGUGCACGCAGAUCCUGGACGGCAUCCACUUCCGCAUUGACAUCUCCGAGGUGGAGGCAGGGCUGAGCCAGGAUGGAUCAAAACGCUUGGGCCAGCCUCGUGGUGGGGGCAGUGCCCUCCCCCCAAACCCACGGAGAAGGCGGAUACCCUCAAACUACGCAGGGGGUGCAACACACGGGAGCCCGUUGCCUGACGACUUGGGUGGUGAGGGUGGCAAUGAUGAGAGGCUGGUGCGUAUUGAUCGAGUGGGCCAAUGGUAUGUGGAGACUGGUGUCAGCAGAGAUCGCAGUCCCGAAACAAUCAGGCAGAUCAGCAGCAUGCGGAUCAAGACCGAGACCCCGGAUGAGUGGAUCGUGUCGGAAAACCAGCCAUCUGGGGAGGACGGCAGUAGUGCAGAGGAGGUGACGGCCAUGGUGAUUGACAGCGCUGGACACAGCACUCUGGUCCAGGAUACCUUUCACACCACGGCAUCGAGCGGCAAGACCUCCAGACCCUCCAGCAGCUUCAGUGAGAUGGACAGAUUUAGCCCAUCAGGCAGCGUAGUUUGCACCGUGUCAGAGCGUCACAGAGCGAGGAGCGAGUCUCCAGGCAAAAUUGAAGAGCAGAAGCAGUCCAAUGCACAGACUGGUGACAUCCCAAUUUUUGGUGCCACUGGCUAUGAAGAGUAUCUCCGGGACCAAGAAGUGGCUGAGCGCUGGUACCGUUACAAUCCUCGACUAACGUGCCUAUACUGCGGCAAGUCUUUUAACCAGAAGGGGAGUCUGGACCGCCACAUGCGGUUGCAUAUGGGCAUAACACCUUUUGUGUGCCGGAUCUGUGGGAAAAAGUACACCCGCAAAGACCAGUUGGAAUAUCACAUACGCAAGCACACUGGGAAUAAGCCCUUCCACUGCCAUGUGUGUGGCAAGAGCUUCCCUUUCCAGGCCAUUUUAAACCAGCACUUCAAAAAGAACCAUCCUGGUUGUACGUUACUGGAAGGGCUGCACAGUAUCUCACCAGAAACCACUUCCAAGGGACAGAAUGGACAACAGUCGCCACUUCAGGACCAGCCAAAAGCAGUGGGUGAACUAAUUCACACUUCCAUCUCAACUACAGGGCCUGACUGACUGCUCUGGGGGAGGAUGUCUGUGUGAGAGACUCUGGGACACUGUUUUUCUUUAGAAUGGACGAUUUCAUUUGGAUUUAGAACUAUUUAUACCAAGGGUUUUUUUUUCUUUGGGAAAGCAACAUGAAGCCUCCCAGUUGCAGGGUUGCUGAAAUUCACUAUCAACCAUUACCUUUUCAAUAUCUUGACAUUUCCCUGCCUUAUAAAAGAAUCAAGAAAGGGAUUGUUGGGUGUAUAAAGAGGAGUGGUGGGGAGAAAGUACCCUGGAUAUUAGUAGAGUGAGUAGUUAAUAUUGAAUGACCAGAUCCAAUAAAGGGUAUUUUGCUCUAUGGAUCACUCUUAGGGUAGCUAGCGAACAGUUGGAGGCCCCUCCUGAGCUCUUUCCUCAAUAGGUCCUGGGUAGAUCCAGAGCUGUAUCUUUGAAACUGUUGAAGUGAUUUAUUCAGAGCUGUCACUGUCUAGAAAGGACAACGUAAAAUAUAUCAAGGUUUUCAGGUAAUAUGUGACUGUUUGGGCAGAUUGGGGAUUAAAAAUCAUGGCAGAGUGGCAAUGGGUCUGGAGUGGAACAUCUUAGUUAAUUCCUCAAUGUGAGGUGAUCUGUGUGGCAAAUGGAAAACCCUGUGGUUCUGUACAUUUCUAUAAACGACUAACAAAUGUGGUUUAAUCCAUAGAUAGUGCUUAAAAGAAAUGGGGAUACUCCAAGAGAAUGCGGGGCCCUUGUUUGACAGUAGAUUUACAGUUGAGUGGAUUUGUGUGUGUAAUGUUUCUCAUAUUGUAUUUGUCUUUUAACAUGAGAGAUCCUAUUCAGGAAUGAAAGUCUAUCAUAGUAUAUUAUCUACCUAAAAUGCCUCCUAUGAACUUUCUAAUGAAGCAUUUCUGUGUGAGCUUAUUAAGCUGACUUUAUCAAAAAUGGAUAGAGGAAAUGUACAGAACACAAUGUUCCAUAAUUUAUAACAUUCCUAGAAUAAUGAAGUUACUAAUCCCUUGACUUGGUGCAGAAAUGCUUCUGAAGAAUAUGUUAGAGGAAUGGGACAGGGAUUGCAACAUAUGGGUAUAAAAUGCUUCAACUUGCCCUUCUUGUGCACCCUAUGUCUCUAUCAAGGUGCUCCACUGUGAUACUAUUGAAAUCUGGUUCUCUCUCUUAAUCAUGCUGCAAAUUUUUUGUUUUACUCUCAACUGAUACUGCUCAUUUUUCUGUGGUAAUGAUUUCAGCUUAAUGGAUGGUGGAAGAUGCACUAUUUAUGAGGAGAAAACAUGAUGACUAAAAAAAUUGACAGGUACAGGGAAAGAGAUAGUGGAAUUCCUGAGCAAAAUUAGAGUUGGGUCAUAUUAUUGUAAUAUAUUCCGACAGAAAAAGGGAAUUCUCUUUCUCAAUGGGAGUAUGAAGGGCAACUUUUUCACCCACAGAAUGGUCUGUAUAUGGAACAAGCUUCCAGACAAAGUGAUUGAAGCAGUUAGAUUAAAACUAUUUAAAAGACCAUGCAAAAGUCUUAGACAUAUAUAGCUAGGGUGCCUAAGACUGUUGCAUAGUACUGUAUUUGUCAGUGUGGAGCAGAGAGCAAGUUUGCAAAUAUGGUGGGAGCAAAGGAUGUUGGGAAUGGUGAUGGUGGAGAGCCAUGGAAAGGGAGUGGGCAGGUGGCAGAGAAGGAGUGCAGAGCGGGGUUCGGCAUGGGUACAGACACACCCAACCCUGAGUCACCAGGCAAAGUCAUUUGAUUAUAAACGAUUGAUUUAUUUGAUCAUUACAGAAUGUCUCUCUGGUGCUUCCCGUUUCUUCCCCUUUCCCUUCCCCUUUUCCCAAUUAUGAUUUCCCUUUCCCUGACCCCUUCUCUCUCUCAGUCCAUAAUAGAGACCCAUAUCAGAAUCAGGUUUAUCAACACACACACAGUGGCAUGCAAAAGUUUGGGCAUCCCUGGUCAAAAUUUCUGUUACUGUGAAUAGCUAAGCGAGUAAAAUAUGACCUGAUUUCCAAAAGGCAUAAAAUUAAAGGCACAUUUCUUCAAUAUUUUAAGCAAGAUUACUUUUUUAUUUCCAUCUUUUACAGUUUCAAAAUAGCAAAAAAGGAAAAGGGCCUGAAGCAAAAGUUUGGGCACCCUGCAUGGUCAGUACUUAGUAACACCCCCUUUUGGCAAGUAUCACAGCUUGUAAACACUUUUUGUAGCAAACUAAGUGUCUUUCAAUUCUUGUUUGGGGGAUUUUCACCCAUUUUUCCUUGGGCCAGAUUCUUGGGCCGUCUUGCAUGCACUGCUCUUGAGGUCUAUCCACAGAUUUUUAAUAAUGUUUAGGUCGGGGGAAUGUGAGGGCCAUGGCAAAACCUUCAGCUUGCGCCUCUUGAGGUAGUCCAUUAUGGAUUUGAGGUGUGUUAGGAUCAUUAUCCUGUUGUAGAAGCCAUUCCCUUUUCAUCUUCAGCUUUUUUUUUACAGACGUGUGAUGUUUGCUUUCAGAAUUUGCUGGUAUUUAAUUGAAUUCGUCCUUCCCUCUACCAGUGUAAUGGCUGCAACACAAGCCCAAAGCAUGAUCGAUCCACCCGCGUGCUUAACAGUUGGAGAGCUGAUCUUUUCAUGAAAUUCUUCGCCCUUUUUUCUCCAAACAUACCUUUGCUCAUUGCAGCCAAAAAAUUCUAUUUUAACUUCAUCCAAAAUGCAUCAGGCUUGUUUUGAUGUUCCUUUGCAAACUUCUGAUGCUGAAUUUUGUGGUGAGGAUGCAGGAAAGGUUUUCUUCUGAUGACUCUUCCAUGGAGGUCAUAUUUGUGCAGGUGUCGCUGCACAGUAGAACAGUGCACCACCACUCCAGAGUCUGCUAAAUCUUCCUGAAGGUCUUUUGCAGUCAAACAGGGGUUUUGAUUUGCCUUUCUAGCAAUACUAUGAGCAGUUCUCUCGGAACGUUUUCUUGGUCUUCCAGACCUCAACUUGACCUCCACCGUUCCUGUUAACUGCUAUUUCCUAAUUACAUUACGAACUGGGGAAACAGCUACCUGAAAACAUUUUGCUGUCUUCUUACAGCCUUCUCCUGCUUUGUGGGCAUCAUUUAUUUUAAUUUUUAGAGUGCUAGGCAGCUGCUUAGAGGAGCCCAUGGCUGCUGAUUGUUGGGACAAGGUUUGAAGAGUCAGGGUAUUUAUAAAGCUUUGAAAUUUGCAUCACCUGGCCUUUCCUAACAAUGACUAUGAACAAGCCAUAGCCCUAACAAGCUAAUUCAGGUCUGAGUCCUUGGUAAAAGUUACCUGAGAGCUCAAAUCUCUUGGGGUGCCCAAACUUUUGCAUGGUUCUCCUUGUUUUCAGUUAAAAUUGUACAAAACAAAAAUAAUGCACUAAUCUUGCUUAAAAUGUUGAAAAGAAUGCUUCAUCUUUAACUUUAUGACUUCUGGAGAUCAGUUAGUCUUCUACUCACUUAACUAUUCACAGUAACAGAAAUUUUGACCAGGGUGCCCAAAUAUUGGCACGCCACUAUAUGUCAUGAAAUUUGUCUUUUUUUGUGUACAGUGCAGUGCAAUACAUAAAAUUACCACAGUACUCCGCAAAAGUGCUAGGCGCCCUAACUAUAUAUGUGUGGCUAAGACUUUUGUAUAGUACUGUGCAUGGAUAGGAGAAGUUUCAUUUAGAGGGAUAGAUACUAAACAUGGCAAUCAGCCUGGCUUAGAUGGGAAUCUUGGUCAGCAUGGACCAUUUGAGCCAAAGGGCCCUUUUCCAUGCUGUAUGACUCAAUAAUAAAACUUGAGGCUCAGGGCCAAAUGAUCAUUUCAAAACUGAGUUUGAAAAUUUUUUUGUCAUACAAGGGUAUUAAUGAGAUAGGAGUUGUUAUAGGGAGUUAAAAGACAGAUUAGCAAUGCUUUAACUAAAUGGAAGAAGCUGCUCAAUGGAUUGAGUAGUUUCUUUCUGUUCCAAUGGCUACGACCAGCCAAGAUCGUGUCUUGUUGAAGAGCUGCAUUAAUUAAAGCUGUUGUUAUACUCAGGGUGUGAAUAUUUAAACUAAUAAUUAGCUUUGUAACUAGCUCUGGAACUAGUCAGGACAAAUGAAAAGUGUUUGGAUUGAACUUGGCAUGGAAUGAAUCAAGCAGUGAUCAGGGGCCACUAAGUUUGUUAAGGAGUUUUGAUUUACUCUUCGUGGAAUAGUGAGUGUGCAGAAACUUGCAUUCAAUGAAGAACAAGUGGAACUGUAAUUAAAAUAAGGAUGGUGUAUGUUUGUGCUGCAAACAAAUGCAGGUUAAACAUAAUCCAUUCUUUUCAAAUAAUUUUUGGAAGCAGAUCAUCCAAAAUCAUUUACCCAUGAUUUCCAAAAAUCCAUCCACCUUGACUAAUUCCUAAUAUUGUCUUAGAUUCUGUCUAAGCUACUAACCCUGCCAAUGAAUUCCAUGAAAUCCAAGGGGCCCAGUAUUAUCCAGGCCCAAUUCCUUCAGUAAUUAACUAACUCAGUGGCUGAAACAUCCAUAAACAAUUACCUCUUGCUGUCUGCACUGAUCUAGUGUUCAAUGUAGUUUGUUCUUCUUCUCUUGGACCCCAAAGGUUUUGCUUUUUUCAUUCAUUGCGAACCUCACCUUUCCUUUCAACAAAAAAAAUGUUGCCAGUGCUUAGUUAACCUGUGCCUUUUGAAAACAAUGGUUUGUGCAUUUCCCAACACCUUUCCUCCACUGCUGUCACUUCUUGGCCUGACGUCACUCACUCUUACCAUAUCAUAGAGAGAUAUAGGUUGAAAACAAGCCCUUAGCUGACUGAGACUAUCAAGCACCCAUUUUUACACUAAUCUGGCAGUGAUCCUGGAAAGCGGAGGGAACCACCACGACCUGGAGGUUACCCUCUAAGCCACACACCAUCAUAACUUGGAAAUAUGUCAUGGUUCCUUCAGUAUCACUGGGUCAUCCUCCAUCCUCAACACAACUGUGUGUUUACCCACACCUCAAAGUCUACAGUGGCAUAAGGGCAUCGUGAUUGAAGCAAUUAAAUGCUAGUUCACAUCAAUUCCACCGAAAUCUAACCUUCACAUACACUCCUAGGGUACUUUACAGCAGCUAGUUCACCUAACAUAAUCACACCUUUGGGAUGUGGGAGGAAAUCUGAGGGAGAAAUCCAAGUGCAGAGGGGGACAGCACCCACAGUCAAGAUUGAACCUGGAUUCCAAGUGCUGUAAGGCAGCAGUUUUAUUGAGUGCACCAUUGUGGCUCCUUGUUGAAACAAUGGUACCACAUUAUCUGUCUUCCACUGUUCUCACCUGUUGGUGAAUAAUCCUUUGUUAUUUCCUGUCUCGUUUUUCACAACCUGGGAUAUACUUUAUCUGGAGCUGGUGUUUUAUUCACUCUCAAAGCUGCUCACAUCAUUUGUUCUGUUUAUCAUUUCUAUUAUGUCACAUUCAAAAUUCAAAGUAAAUUUAUUAUCAAAGUACAUAUGUGUCACCAUAUACAAUCCGGAGAAUCAUUUUCUUGCAAGCAUACUCAAUAAAUACAUAAUAGAAUAAUAACCAAACUAGAACCAAUGAAAGAUCACUCCAAAUUGGGUGUUCAAACAGUGUUCAAAAUGCAACAACCUGUGCAAAUACAAAAAGAAAGAAAUAAUUAUAAUUAAUAAAUAAGCAAUAAAUAUUGAGAACAUGAGGCUUCAAAAGUGAGUCCAUUGGUUGUGGGAACAUUUCAGUGAUGCGGCAAGUGAAGUUGAGUGAAGUUUGGUUUUAGAGCCUGAUGGUUGAGGGGCAGUAACUAUUCCUGAACCUGGAGGUGUAAGUCCUGGGACUCCUGUACCUUCUUCCUGAUGGCAGCAGUGAGAAGAGAGAAUGACCUGGGUGGGUGGAGUUUCCUGAUGAUGGAUGUUCCUUUCCUGCCACAAUGCUUCCUGUAGAUGUGCUCAAUGGUGGGAAGGGCUUUACCUGUGAUGUACUAGGCCAUAUCCUCUACUUUUUGUAGGAAUUUCCAUUCAAGUGCGUUGGUGUUUCCAUUCCAGACUGAUAGAACCAGUAUAUUCUCUACUACACAUUAAAAGAGGUUUGUCGAAAUUUUAGAUGUUGUGCCGAAUCUUCACAAACUUCUUACGAAGUAGAGGCGUUGCUGUGCUUUCUUUGCAAUUGCACUUACAUGCUGGGCCUGAGACAAGUCCUCUGAAAUUAUAACACUGAGGAAUUUGAAGUUGCUGACUCUCUCCACCUCUGCUCUUCUGGUGGGGACUGGUUUCCACUUCCUGAGAUCAAUAAUCAGCUGCGUGGUCUUUCUGACAUCGAGUGAAAGGUGGUUGACAUUCCUCAGUUUUUAUGUUCUCAUCAAACUGUGUUCUGAGAAGAACGUUCAUUAGAACUUGACACUCUCCCCUUCCUCUCUUACUUUGUUGUUUCACAAUAUCUCCCUGCCUUCCUUUUUAAUUAUCUUUCCCUUUUUGUACUUUCAGAACAUUUCAAGGUUUUCUUUGAUUUUACCAUAACCCUUCUAGUGUCCCUUUUAAACUCCACCCCUCCGCUUUCCGCUCUACAUAAAGUGUUGAUCUCUCAGUAUAUAAAGCCUCUCUUUUAGCCCAAUUCUAAUAUAUAAUUCCUCAACGUUUAUGGAAUUUGGAACUUUCAUUUUAACAUGGUUAUUUACUGAGUAAAAUUGGGCAAUCCCUAAUUUUACUCUGCCUUGUGCUCUUUACUGGUUGCUGUUCAUAUGCCCAGUUCAUUCUAGGAAAGUAGAGUUCUGCUUCUCCCCCUUGCUGGACUUGGUUUCAAAUACAUUCAGCAGAAUUUCUGCACGCUUAAUCAAUUCAUCUACAUUCAUUCUACUGUCUCUCUCCCUCUCCCGAAAUGUGAUUCCCUCUUUCUAAUGGUGAAUUCAUCCUGUAUCUCAUUUAUUGUGCUCUUCAUAUAUUAACUCCCUUGCCCUCUAAAUCCAUAUCAUCAUCAAAGCCCACAGGAAUGGUCUGGGAACAGAAAUGCCCACAAUAACACACUAAGAAGUUGCUGUUUCUUUUCCUUGAAACAGUCCCAACAUGCAAUAAUUUCUUCAUGUUUGCUUACAGAUAUUAACAACCCUGAAGUUGCACCGAUUAGCUCAGUCCCCCCUUUUAAAAGACGCUGUGUGGUCACCUAGCAGAUAGAAUCUCCCUCCCUCCCUCACACACACAAACUCAGCAUGAAUCUAAAGCUCAUCCUACAGAUCCUGGUACUUAACCCAAACAAAGUUAACAAAAAAUGUACUUUUGUUUUUCAUGGUAUUGUAUAAUUUUCCUCCUGUCCAAAGUAUUCUUAGUAAAGACCACUUCAAAUUAUGUGUUGGAUAUAACAUCUACCAUUUUAUAGUCUAUAAAAAUAACAGGUCACUUGUUUGGUGGUGGAGAUCAAAGCUGUGUUUAAAACAAUAGAAAGAAAAUUUGGACCCAAGGUUAAAAAAGGGACAGGGGAAAGGUGUGCACGUUGGUGCUAAUAGUACAAGAGCUGAUUGGACCUAAGGUUUUAAUUGAGAGAGGGAGAGAAGGUUAGGCUUAGAUUUUAAUUAAUGAGGAGGAGCUUGGGAGUGAAAUUAUAACAGGAAAAUUGUUUAGCAUUUUAAUUUAUCAAAGCUCUAAUAUAGCUGAUGAUUCUCUAACAUGUAAUUUAUUUGUUUAUCUCCAUCCGCCAGUAUUUUCUGCUCUAUGUUUUGUUGUUCCUCAUGAGAAAAUAUUUCCUAUGAUGGGGGAGUCUAAGACCAGACGACACAGCUUUAAAAUAGAGUGAUGUCCAUUUAGGACAGAGUUGAGCAAGAAUUUCUUUAGCCAGAGAAUGGUGAAUUUGUGGAAUUUGUUGCCACAGGCAUCUGUGGAGGCCAAGUCUUUAUGUAUAUUUAAGGCAGAGGUUGGUUGAUUCUUCAUUAGUCAGGGCAUGAGGGGAUAUGGGGGAAGGCAGAAGAUUGGGCUGAGAGGGAAAUUACUCAGCCAUGAUGCAAUGGUGGAGCAGACUGGAUGGGCUAAAUUGCCUAAUUCUGCUCCUAUAUCAUAUCAUCUUAUGUUGAAAUUGAUCCAUUUUCCAUUUUUAAAACUGAUCUUCCUUUGAGUCCUUUUCUAAGUCCCUGAACAUAAUUAUGAAACUGAAGCUAAAGCAAGAGCUGGCUGAGGUGUGAUAGCAAGUAACUUGUUAAUAACUCAAGGACAACUGUUGAAAAUUUGUGAACAUCUGUCACCACCAUUUCCAGCAAGUAGGCAAAGAACAGGAGGAAAAUAAACUGAUUCUAGAGAAUUGUA